AUGUCAUUCGCCGAGACCAGACAUCAAAAGUCUGUUAUGCUCAAGCCUAUCAGCUUGAUCUUUAAGUUCCUUCAAACAAAGUCAGUUGUACAGAUUAUGCUCUUUGAGCAGACAGACCUGAGGAUCGAAGGAAUUAUCAUUGGACUGGACGAAUAUAUGAACUUGGUACUGGACAAGGCUUAUGAGAUAUCAAUGAAGAAGAAGACGAGAAAGCCAUUGGGACAGAUCAUGCUGAAAGGAGAUAACAUCACUUUGGUUUACGAGGUCAGCGCAUCAUCUUGA